AGAAACACAGGCGCUCCGCGGAGGCAGCCACCGGGACAAGAAGAGCAAACCACGCCGGGAGGAAGGAGCCGAAACCGGGACACCGCAGCCGCUCAAGCCGCCUCGGGCUCCAGGGCUGUGUGGACAGGAAGCGACCGAGACACUCAGGGAUUAUUACAGAGCUCGUCGGGAAUUUCUCAGCAGCGGCGGAGCUCCAACAACUUGCGGAUACAAAGAGAGAAAUAGCAGCGGUGGAGCUCAGACAACGGGAUUAACCGCAUAUUUCAUAUUGGAGAUACUCGAAUUUGUGGAGCGUCUAUUUUGAAACGGGUUCAGGAGACCCCAGAGGGAUGAUUGGCAGCCCGAUCUGAGACUUAACACAACUGUGAAUCAAUACCUUGGUGCUACUCUAAAAGCCAGUAGGCUUUUGGAUUGUUGGUGCUGAGAACAGAAGAGUGGAACAGUCCAGAUCUUCUCAGUGUUGGAGUGAGGCCCUCUCUGCUGCAGUGGAGGGCUUCACCGACUUAGCUAGUCUGGCUGGAUGCAUCACGCAGUAGAGCAGUUUGGCGGGCGAGGCACACGGGAUUCCUUCCCUCUGGACGGACUCAACAGGGGACCAUGGGCUCCCGUGGGCGGCCGCGCCUGGCAGCCACCUGCCAGAUGUUUGCCUGGAAUGAACCACCAGCUCCUUCCCCAUCUACCUCCUGGUCCCAUGGGCGGACUGAACCACCCCAGUAAAUUCUUUAGUAAUGGGCCCAUGAGAGGAGGCGAGAAGCUUGAGCUCUCACAGCCAAUGUUACCUGGCCUGCAGAGGGAGCAGCAGAGACCUCCUCAUCUUCACCCUCCCCCUCCUCACCGAGCGUGGGAGCAACUAGGCCAGCUGUAUGAAUCCCACCUCCCUCCUCAGGGACAUCCUGUGGUGCCCCUGCCCAAUGAGCACUCGCUCCGCCUCCAUAACGGAGGCUAUGCUGGCAGUGGUGGUCCUCACCCAAACUCACAUCUUCCACACACCAGACCCAACCAACUGCUGAAGUUUGGGGGUCCUCAGGAGCAGCAUGUUCCCCGGGGGCCACCAUUGAUGGGAGAUGAGAUGUGGGCUCAGGUGCACCAGCAGAGAGGCUACCCAGGGAAGAUGCUUGGGGGACAGCUGAAGAGACCGGGCCCUCCGUUGGGAGAGCACUCUGUUAUCCAGCACGCUCCUCCGCCAUCCCUGCACCCAUUAUCCCACCCUCCCUCUAUCGAGGACUGUCCCAGCCCCAGCAAGAGGAAAAAGAGUUCAGAUCAGGUAUCCCAUCCUGGGCUUCAGCGUUUCCCUGGUCCUGGCCAGUCUUCGUUGUCUCAGCACCAGUCAUCAAUCCACCACCUUCCUCAAAAACCUGCCUUCUGGAACCCCCUGCACAAGGACAACAACACUCCCUGGCAGCCCCGGCCCUCUGACCGCAAGAACCCAACACCACAAGAGUUCCAGGUCCGAACAGAAACCAACAAACAAAGAAUGGGCAGCUAUACACAGAAGUCCUCUCCUGCCUCUUCCACCGCUUCAACCCUCUCCCCUCCAUCCAACUCCUCUCCAGGAAGCUACAACCAGGGAUGUGCUCCUCAGCUCCAGAAAGACACAUUCCAACCUCAGGCUGUGAACCAUCAGUCGCCUCACUCUUCCUACCCCACCCCCGGCUCCAAACUCGGGUUGGCACCAACCUGCCAGGCGAUGGAGCCUCGUGGUCCUCACAACCAGAGAGGCCCCCUCAUCGGGGGCCAAGGUGGCUGCCAAGCUACCUCUUACACAGCAUCUACCCCAACCAGGGGGGACAGAGAUCAACACCUACACACCCAAUCACCAGCAAACCCUCCUGCAACCAGCAGCAGCAGUGUGCCUUACAGCCACUUCCAGCCUCAUCCAGGGCUGGGGCACCAGGGUCCCCCCCACCCUCCUCCACUUGCCAGCAGCACCUCAGUAUCUCAGCAACCGCAAACUGGGCCCCACGAGGCCUGGAGGUACCAGAGCAGGCCCAGCAGUCACUCCCUGGAAUCAAGCAUCUACAGGCCUCCAGGACUGCUACCUCAUCACCAGCAGAGCCACAAUCAGGCCGUGGAUAGACGGGUCCCCCCCCAGCAUCACCAUCACCAUCACAUCAAUCCUUCUCUGCCUCCAACCAACUCCACCCGUACACCUGUCAUUACCCCUAAUGUUCCUGUAUCCCAAGCCCCCAGCUCCAUCAGUGGCUACAGCAACAUCCGCAGCGCAGGUGACGCCACGGCAACCACAUCGCCCCCUGCUGGCUGCUCUGUGAACAAUGGCCGCACUAAUAGCAGCUGGCAAAGAGGUCGAGAGCCAGUACUCCAAUCCUCCACCAGUGCCGUCAUUAGCUCCACCUCUCAGCUGAAUGCUCUGCUUCAUCCAGGUGGUCAGAGAGGACAAGCUCCCACUGCCAGCCAGCCUCACCAACAAGGCCCGCCCAGACCACAACAGCAGGGACCCACCAAGUCUCUGCCCGUGAAGGGUAAGACGUCAUAUUAUCCUCAGGCUGAACUGGAGCAACCUCCUGCGUUUUCCUCCUCAUCUUUGUUCUCCUCAGGGCACCAGAGGGCAGGGGACAGUGUUAUAACAAGCAGGGUUUCAAAUCCACUUCCUCGCACUCCUGCUACUUACUGCCAAGCUCCUUGCUCCACUGUCAACUCUGCGUCUCAGCCUUCUAAUCAGAUCCUCUCCUCCAGACUGGGUCAUCAUCCAGACUCUGCCACCACACAGGCGUACGCUCAGUCCCACCUUCAUCCACCAGCUCCAACCGCUAUCCCCCAAUCCAUCGAGGAGGCUCUAGACAAGCUCGAUGCUGAGCUGGAGGGACACAUGCAAGCUGAGGAACGGAGGAAGAGAGACCGAGAGCAGCAAGAGAGAAGAGCAAGAGAAGAGGAGAGGCACAAGAAAGAAUGGGAGAUGAGGCAAAAGCAGGAUGAGGAGAGGAAGAGGAAAGAGCUGGAGAAGAAGGAGGAGGAAAGGAAAAAGAGAGAACUGGAGAGACAGGAAGAGGAGAGGAGGAGGAGAGAAUGGGAGAGGCAGGAGCAAGAGCGAAGGAGGAGGCAAGAAGAGGAGAGGAAAAGAAGAGAAAUGGAACGGCAGGAGGAGGAGAGGAAAAAGAGAGAAUAUGAGAGACGGGAGGAGGAGAGGAAAAAGCGAGAGUGGGAGAAGAAGGAGCGGGAAAGGAAGAGGAGGGAGCGGCGAGAAGUGGAGAGGCAGGAGCAGGAGAGAAAGAAGAGAGAGCUAGAGAGGCAGGAGGAAGAAAAGAAAAAACAAUUACAACUGGAGAGAGAAAAUGAGGAGAAAAGGAGGAUGGAGUGGAAGAGGGAGGAGGAACUGUGCAGUGCAAAGGGCAAAGAGCAGACUGCUAUUGAAAACCUGGAGAGACUGCUCUCCAGCACCUCUUCCCCAACACCCCCACCCCCUCGUCUCUCUUCGGUUGCUGCCCCUCCUUCAGGUCCUCCACCCCCCUGUUCCCAGGCCUCGCCCAGCUACCCCUGGCUGAGCCGCGGCGGCGUUCUCCCCGGUCCACCCGGCCAGACAGCCACCACCACGUCUCUUGUAGAGAGGCUGCGGCCGCCUCCGCUGACGCCUCAGACUGAGUACGCUCGAGAAAAGCAGAGGCAGAGGGAGAUGUGGAGCAACAAUGGCGGAAUGACAUUCAGUCCCUCAUCAACACACAAUACCUCAGGGAUGAACCAGCCGGCGUACAUCAACAAGCCCCCGGCAAUGCAAGCCGCACCCAACCAAUCCAAAGACACAUCCAGGGAGAGAGACGGCAGCCAUCACUCUCUCCCCAGCUUGGCACUUAGAGAGCCCCCCAGACUGUAUCAAGCCUUCCCCAGAGAAAACCCACCACCGCCACCACCCUUAUCCUCCAGCUCCACUGGAGGAAUUCUCCAGCGGGUGACAGGAAGUGGCUUGGACCACGCCACCAGCGGCGACUCAGACAGCGCUCAGUUUGAGGAGGAGCCCUCGGAGUUGUCCACACUGCUCCCUGAUGGUCUGGCAAACAUAAUGGCCAUGCUGGACGAGUCUAUCAAAAAGGAAGAGGAGAUGUAUAACAACGGCUCCUCAGGUCUCCUCGACAACUUUCCUCCCGGUGUGCUUCCUAUCAAGAGCUACCUGUGCGCCCCAGACCUUGUGCCAGCGACGAAGCAUCAGCUCAGCCUGGAAGACUUUGGAUCCAACCCCCACGCUAGUCCUCCUGUGCUCAGCCGCCAAGGCUCCCUGGCAUCCCCCUGCAGCCGGACGUCUUCUCUCAACGAGGAGGAAGAGGAAUGUCUAAAACCGUCUCUAAAUGUCUCCAAACAGCCAAUGCACAUGGGGACGGGAGUAGGAAACACCAAUUACCGCCACAGUGACCUGGCUAAACUCUAUGGCCUCCCCGAGCAGACAAAAAGUGAGGCUGAUGAGGACGACGAUGAAGAGGAUUCUGAAACUCCAUCUUGUUCACCACCACCCCAAAGACCCCACCUCCACCAGACAGGCGUCAACAGCAAGUCCCUAGCAACAGUCCUAGAGAACCAGAAGUACGUGUACCGAGGUGGGCCUUUUGGGAGACCCCCUCCAUCUGCUCUAGUUGGGGUCAAAUACUCGUCAUCGCUGUCUCUGGGUCCCGAUAUCUGCCGUCAGCAGCAGAGUGGCUCCCCCACGUCCGAUUCUACCAAUCCACCUUUCAGUCCAGCUGUCCCUGCUCUAAAGCCCUCUCUCCCUUUUCUGCUGGAAGACAAGAAAAUGAAAAUGGAGGAAGCUGACAUCUGGAGAGAUAGUAGAGAAACUACAGAGGAAUUCCUUAACUCUAUCAAAAAGGAGAGUGUUCCCGACAUCAAGCCUAUUAAAGUGGUCAAGGAGGAGCAGGAGCUGACAACCAUCUCCGAGUCUUCUCUGGCAGAGUUGGGCAAGAGCUGCGAGGUCAUUCUUAGUCAACAGUCACUUCCUAAGAAGAACCUCCUGGAGAAAUCUGACAGUCAUGGCAGAGUGGAGGAGAGCCACAAACCUGACAAAGUAAAAGAACACAGAGAUAAAGACAGAAACAGGGAUAAAGAGAGGGAGAAAGACAAGAAGAGGAAGCAUGGCCACAGUAGCAGCAGAAAGCACGAAGACCGAAAAGAAAAGAAGAAGCAUAGAGAAAGGAGAGAUGACACAGCGCUUUCAUCAUCAUCGUCAUCUUCCACCCAUUCCAGCUCCAGCCACAGACGGCACAGGGACAGUAAGAGCCAUAAGGAGAAGAAGGAUCGCAGGAUUCUCGGCGACCUCAACCUCCAGAGUAAGGAGGGCUCCGAGAAGAACCGCAGUCACUUUGAAAAGCGCAAGGAAGCAUCAGGUGCCAGCUCCAACAGCGAAGGAGAGGCAGAGUGGACCUCACGCAGCUCUGGAGAAAGAUCCUCUGAGCUCAGGAGAGGCUCCGAAUCCGGCUCUUCAUUAGGUUCCACAGACUUCUUGAAACUGAAGGCGCUGUCAGACGGGCCGCCCAAGGAGCUAAAGAUCCGCCUGAUAAAAGUGGAGAGCGGCGACAGGGAGACGUUCAUCGCCUCCGAGGUGGAGGAGAAGAGAAUCCCUCUGGAAGAAAUCAGUGUCAAGAACACAGCCAGUGAAAUCAUCAGGUCUUGCAAGGGAGCCAGAGUCUCAGGGAAGUUCCGAGAAUCUUUCCUGCUCCCAGCCUUCUCUGUGAAGCCCCUCGUUAACUCAGAGGAAAUCAUUCCGAGAGAGAAGCUCAACCCCCCUACACCCAGUAUCUAUUUGGAGAGUAAGAGAGACGCCUUCUCCCCUGUGCUGCUGCAGUUCUGUACAGACCCGAAGAAUCCAGUGACUGUCAUCAGAGGCCUGGCUGGAUCGCUACGACUCAACCUGGGCCUGUUUUCUACCAAGUCGCUGGUGGAAGCCAAUGCAGAGCAGGCGGUGGAGGUGAGGACUCAGGUGCAGCAGCCUGCUGAUGAGAACUGGGACCCCACUGGGACGAGUCAGACGUGGCCUUGUGAGAGCAGCCGCUCCCACACCACCAUCGCCAAGUACGCCCAGUACCAGGCCUCCAGCUUCCAAGAGAGUCUGCAGGAGGAGAAGGGAAGUGAUGAGGAGGAUGAAGAUGAUGAGAAGGAGAAGAAGCCAUCCAGCUGUUCUGAUACUCCCAUCAAGGACAUCUCUAAAGAUAGUAGCAGUGCUGAGCAGAAACCAGUGGGGAAGAUCAUAAAAUUUGGCACAAACAUUGACCUGUCAGAUCCCAAGAGGUGGAAAUCCCAGCUGCAGGAGUUACAGAAGCUGCCAGCGUUUAUGCGUGUAGCAUCGAGUGGAAACAUGCUGAGCCACGUGGGACAUACCAUCCUCGGCAUGAACACGGUCCAGCUCUACAUGAAGGUUCCAGGGAGCCGCACCCCAGGUCACCAGGAGAAUAAUAACUUCUGCUCCGUGAACAUCAACAUUGGCCCUGGAGACUGUGAGUGGUUCUCUGUCCAUGAGAACUACUGGCCGGCCAUCAGCAACUUCUGUGAAAAGCACGGUGUGGACUACCUGACAGGGUCCUGGUGGCCGGUGCUGGAGGACCUCUACAAAGCCAACAUCCCAGUGUACCGCUUCAUCCAGCGCCCGGGAGACUUGGUGUGGAUCAAUGCUGGAACCGUUCACUGGGUUCAGGCCGUGGGCUGGUGCAACAACAUCGCCUGGAAUGUUGGGCCUCUCAAUGCCUACCAGUACCAACUGGCCCUGGAGAGGUUUGAGUGGAACGAAGUAAAGAAGGUGAAGUCCAUCGUCCCCAUGAUUCAUGUGUCCUGGAACGUGGCUCGCACCCUCAAGAUCACAGAUUCAGACACCUACCAGAUGCUCAGACACUGCCUGCUGCAGUCCAUGAAGCACAUCCAGAUCCUGCGGGACCAACUGGUGGCUGGCGGAAAGAAGAUUUCUUAUCAGAGUCGGGUCAAAGAUGAGCCGGCCUACUACUGCAACGAAUGUGAUCUGGAGGUGUUCGAUCUGUUGUUUGUGACAAGUGAGAGCAGCAACAGGAAGUCGUACGUGGUUCACUGUGAGGACUGCGCCCGUACGCGUAGCCCCAACCUGACCAACGUGGUGGUGCUGGAGCAGUACCGCAUAGAGGAGCUCAUGAGCACCUACGACUCCUUCAACCUGGCUGCCGCCUCCUCCUCCUCCCGGUGACAGAGCUCCCCUCCUGCACCUCCUCAGCCAUAACCAAAACUCCUGCAAGCCAGGACAAAAGACACAGUUUCACUUUGGGUUUCAACUUGACCAUUCAUUAUUUAAGAUCAUUUUUGCUACUACUGCUAAUACUUGCCGAACAGCCAGUUGAAUACGUUUACUCAUCAUUACUGUUUACAAAAAGAAAUACCAAGCCGCCAAUAAAAUACCCGUUUACUCUCAGAUGGUGCUUUGAAACAGGAACCCUGGCAACAGUGAAGCUGAGACCCAGGGGGCAGUCGGUGCUGCCAUUGAACAAACUGUGGAGUAUGGUUUCAAUGGUGCGUUUCUGUCAGAACCAGAAAAAACUUUUUCUGUCGUCGUCGUCUUGAAUACUGAAAUUUGUACAAGCUGUUUGCAAUUUUUCUGUGAGGUGCUGUCUUUUUUUAAAUAAUUUAUUGUUUUGUUUUUCUAAACUAGAUCAGCCUAGAUAUAUACCACGUUGGCCUUGUAUUUAGAAAAGAGACAAAAUAAAAAAAUACUAAUAAGAGAUAUGAACAUUUUUCUAAAGCAUUAAGAAUUUUAAAAAAAUACAAUUGUUUGGAAUGCUUCAAAACAUACGGGUUUCAACGACUUUGGUUGUUUUGGGGGGGAUUUCUUUUUUUGUUCUUCAGAUUCUUGUAUGUGUUGUAAAUCUUGUGUUUUUACCGAUUCUACUUUUCUUUCCUCUGGAGAUUAAUAUUCAGUUGUCACACAUCAUCAGGUCUUUGUGUUCAUUUUUUACAAUCUCUGUAUGAACUCUUGAUCUCUUUUAAAAAGAAAGAAAAAAUCAUUGUCAUCUGGUGUUUGUGUGUUGUACCUCUGAUUGUUUUGUUCCGAUAUGCAGACUUAGUAUUGCCUGGAUUUUUUUCUUUUUGGCAUUGUACAUUUAAUUUAAAAAAUUUCCUCCUAUUUAUUGGAUAUCAAUGUUCUCCCUUUUUUAAUAGGGGUUGUACAAGUUUGCGAUUUCUUUUCCUAUAUUUUUUAUGGUGACUGAUUGCUCUGUAAGAACUGAAAUGUGGGGGUCGUGUGUGAUCAGGAGCAGAGGCUGCUGUUUCUUUGGUGCUCGCCUCCAGACUCCUGUCUUUUUUUCCUGAUAUAUAUUAAAUGAUAUCUUUAUCUUGAAUAUAACACCACCUUUUCUGUAGACAAUAGGCACACUGCUCACGUAGAGAAGAUGACUAAUGGAAUGCUGUGUUUGUAUGCUCAUUGAGGAGAAAAAACAAAAUGACUUUUUCCAGUGGUUUGAGAAGCGGUAAUUUUUUUAUUAAGUAGGGGGAUUUUAGACGAGAUUUUAAUGAUUUUAUGAUAUCUGUUAAAUAUGAUAACGGGAUAGAUGGUGCUAAAUGUUCUCUUUGAACAACAUUUUUUUCUGUUUGUCUUCUUAAAAUGAGAAUUCUAUUUUUCCUGUUGCAAUAUUACCUUAACCUUUUCCUUCUCUUUGUGGUCAUUUAUUUAUAACUGCACUGUUUAGAGAAUCCACACAGACAUACUUGCAGACACACACACCAAACUGAGCCAGACAUGUCUUAAACACUUGUGAAUUUGUGUGACAUUACUAUGACUAUUAAUAAACGCUUUUUGAUAAAUCCAGAAA